AUGGCGGACAUCAAACCUCCAUUUACAAAAGAGACCGCCCACAAAAAGGUCAAGGCCGCCCAAGAUAUGUGGAAUACCCAGGACCCCCCGCGCGUUGCCCUGGCAUACACCCCGGAUUGCAUCUGGCGGAAUCGCACGUCGUUUUUGUCAGGCACGAAGGGCAUCGUCGAGUUUCUGACAGCCAAGUGGAAACGAGAACACAAUUAUCGGUUGCGUAAAGAGCUCUUCUCUUUUAGCGAUGACCGAAUCGCCGUUCAAUUCUGGUAUGAGUAUCGGGAUGCCGAUGAUGGGAUGCGCUGGAAGAGGUGUUAUGGGUUGGAGGAUUGGACAUUUGAUUGGGAGACUGGGAAGAUGCGUAAGCGUAUGAUGAGUGGUAAUGAUUUGCUUCUUGGGCCGGAUGGCAAUGGCGAGGGGCGAUGGUUUGUGGAAGGGGUGGAUGUGAACGAAGUGCCGAUUAGCGAACAACACUGGUAA